CCGGAAACAAGAGUUUUAAUUUUCUUUCGUCUUCACUUUUGUUUGUUUCCUAUGAAUCGGAGGAAGCAGACGAAGAGACAGAAUCUCAAACAUAAGACUGUUUCACUUCUUCAAUCUCCUCAAUCUGUCAUCUAAUGUUUUAUUUUUUGACAAUUUGAUCCUUCACCAUUUCGGAGAAUUGCAAUCAAGGACUUAUAAAACUCUCAGAUUCACAACUGGUGUGUUUAUGUUGUUUCAUAGAUUAGUGGUACAAUAGUAAGAGCAAUGCAAAAAGAUCAAGGUUCCAGUGCACCAUCUACACCGACUAAUGGUCGAGUUCGGCAUCGGAGACGUUCCAAUGAGUUUCCUGUUGAGAUGAGCAGAACAAAUGGAAACCAUUUACUUGCCAAUGAUCACAACAAAUAUAGAUCAAUGUGGAUUCGUGCAUGUUCAUCUCUGUGGAUGUUGGGAGGCUUCCUCUUGAUUCUCUAUUUAGGGCAUCUUUAUAUUUGGGCCAUGGUUGUUAUUAUCCAAAUAUUCAUGGCAAGAGAGCUCUUCAAUCUACUCAGAAAAGCUCAUGAAGAUAAACGCCUGCCUGGGUUCAGGAUCUUGAACUGGCACUUUUACUUCACGGCUAUGCUCUUUGUGUAUGGUCGCAUUUUCAGUCACGGGCUCGUGAAUACAGUAACUUCAGAUAAAUUUUUCUAUAGGCUUGUGAGUAGGCUCAUCAAGUAUCAGAUGGUUAUUUGUUAUUUCUUAUACAUAGCAGGUUUCAUGUGGUUCAUUCUUACACUAAAGAAGAAGAUGUACAAAUAUCAAUUUGGACAGUUUGCAUGGACACACAUGAUUCUCAUUGUUGUCUUCACUCAGUCUGCAUUUACUGUAGCCAACAUUUUUGAAGGCAUCUUCUGGUUCCUUCUCCCAGCAUCACUAAUUGCUGUCAAUGAUGUUGCUGCUUAUUUCUUUGGUUUCUUUUUUGGUAAAACUCCUUUGAUCAAGCUAUCUCCUAAAAAAACAUGGGAGGGUUUCAUUGGAGCAUCAGUUGCAACUAUGAUCUCAGCAUUUGUGCUUGCAAAUGUCUUUGGUCAUUUUCAGUGGCUGACAUGUCCAAGGAAGGAUUUAUCAACUGGUUGGCUUCACUGCGAUCCCGAUCCACUUUUUAAGCCAGAGUAUUAUCCUUUGCCAGUAUGGAUUUCUCAAAGGUUGUCUUGGAAAGAGAUAGCAAUUUUGCCAGUUCAGUGGCAUGCUUUAUGGCUCGGUUUAUUUGCAUCAAUUAUUGCUCCAUUUGGAGGCUUUUUCGCAAGUGGUUUCAAGAGAGCUUUCAAGAUUAAGGACUUUGGCGAUAGUAUACCCGGACACGGUGGAUUUACUGACAGAAUGGACUGCCAGAUGGUAAUGGCUGUUUUUGCAUACAUCUAUCAUCAGUCAUUUGUUGUUCCCCAAGACUAUACGGUUGAGAUGAUUAUAAACGAGAUAUUAAGUAGCCUUACUUUGGAGGAGCAGCAAAUUCUAUAUACGAAGUUAGGGCAGAUAUUGCAGGAGAGAAUGCUUGGACUAUAUUGAAGUUUAGUCAAAUGCACUUAGUUCCUGGUAAGUGUUUCACAAUUUGAAAUUUCUCUGAAAGUGAAGGAGAACAAUGUAAGAUUUUCUUUCUCAUAUGAGGGUUGGACACGAUUACGGUUGGUGGAGGUGUUAACCUUAAGAAAACCAAUAAUGAAGGAUGUUUUAAUUCUGCUGACAGUAUUUCAGACCUAUUAAACUAUGUUACUCAGACUCGGAGGUCAGUUUCAGAUUCGGCAAAGUGUCUGACAUGCGUAUGUUCA